AUGCUCUCGUCAAUCUCGCCCGACCUAUACUCGUCCUUCUCGUUCAAAAACUCGCUCGCCGAGGCCAUGCCCUCCGUGCCACACGAACUCAUCAACUCAAAAACACUCUCAUGGAUGUACAAUGCCUCUCUGGACAUUCGGGUUCCUCUGACUAUCGGAACCAUCUACGCCGUCUCCGUGCACCUGACCAACUCAUCUGAACGAAUCAAGAAACGCCAGCCCAUUGCCUUUGCCAAGACCGCACUCUUCAAGUGGCUCUGUGUCCUCCACAAUGCAGGUCUGUGUCUCUACUCAGCAUGGACCUUUGUCGGUAUCCUCAACGCCGUCAAACACGCCUACCAAAUCACAGGAGACAGCUCCGCCCCCUUCUCCUUCAACACCCUCUGGGGAUCGUUUUGUUCACGUGACUCCCUCUGGGUCACCGGCCUCAACUACUACGGAUACUGGUUCUAUCUGUCCAAAUUCUACGAAGUGGUGGACACCAUGAUCAUCCUCGCAAAGGGAAAACCGUCCUCAAUGCUCCAGACAUACCACCACACCGGCGCCAUGUUCUCCAUGUGGGCCGGCAUCCGAUUCGCCUCUCCCCCCAUCUGGAUCUUUGUGGUUUUCAACUCCCUCAUCCACACAAUCAUGUACUUUUACUACACCCUCACCACCCUCAAGAUCAAGGUUCCCAAGAUCCUCAAGGCAUCUCUGACCACCGCCCAGAUCACCCAGAUUGUCGGAGGUGGCAUCCUGGCUGCCUCCCACGCCUUUAUUUAUUACAAGGACCACCAGACUGAGACCGUCUGUUCUUGUCUCACUACCCAGGGUCAGUUUUUCGCUCUCGCCGUCAAUGUCAUCUAUCUGAGUCCUCUGGCCUAUCUCUUUAUUGCCUUCUGGAUUCGAUCUUACUUGAAGGCCAAGUCCAACUAG